AUGAGCGAAGCCAAGGAUGAGACAGCCGCAUCUAUGACGCUGCGGGUGGUGUACGCAAAGGAGACGAAGAGGGUCACGGUGUCCAGCGACCAGACAGUGAAGGACUUGAAGGAGCUCAUUGCGAAGGAGACUGGGUGCCCUGUUGCACAGAUGAAGCUCAUGUUCAAAGGUAGUGGUGCUGUGCUCGGAUAUGGCGUGUAA